AUGAAGCUCAACACCACCCUCUCCCUUGUGUCCGGAAUCCUGUCAAAUCUGACCAUGGCACUGCCUCCUGUCAAUGUAACAAGACCUGGUAACAUAACAGCAGGCAACGACGUACUUGCUCCUCCACAAUCGUACUGCAAAGCCACCAGCUUCUUCACCCGACGAGAGCCUUAUGCCUCCAUGCGCCAAGACGACUGUUUGAAUCUGGCAGCUAGUAAACUGGGUGACCCUCAGGGCGCCUGGAUUUUGUCGCCCAAGAAAAGCAACAAUGAUCACCAUACCAUCGGCUUAUACAACAGCUGUAACUUCCAUGUCCAGCGGGCCGAUGACCGGCUUGGCUAUGUCAAGAUUGGCGCGGAGGACGUAUUCCAGGCCAUCAUCGCCGGUUCGCAGAGGUAUGUCAACGACAAGAUGAUGGCCGACCCCAUCAGUGGCAUGACCAGCUGCCAUGGAGGUCCAGUCCGUUGGCUCUUGACCUCAAAGGUAAAUCCAAGGGGGUGA